UCCUUGAGAGGGUCGCAUCUGAUCAUCUAAUCGAAAGAGGCCAACGAAGCCAGGAAGGCUCAAGCACCUCCCUCCCAAUCCCCUUCCGCUAGGAAAUCGCCUUUCAGCACGAUUAGUGUUGCACCCAGUUCUCUGCAGCUGCUCACAGACAACCGUCAAAAUUUCCAUCCUUGAGGAUCUUGAGUUUGCGGAGGAAGAAAGCAUGGGUGCGGGAGCAAGCGCGGAGGACAAAAAGUCUAAGGAGUUGGAAAAACAACUCCAAGAAGAUGCUGAUAAGGACUCUAAAACAGUCAAGCUAUUACUGCUUGGCGCUGGUGAGUCAGGGAAAAGCACCAUCGUAAAACAAAUGAAGAUUCUGCAUCAAGGUGGUUACACAAAAGAGGAACAAAUGGAGUUCAGAGCUAUCAUCUAUGGUAACAUCCUGCAGUCCGCUCUGGCUAUCAUCAGAGGCAUGGAGAUGCUGGGAAUUGAUUUUGGCUCACCCUCUUCUCAGGAGGAUGCACAGAAGCUGCAGAACUUGUCAGACUCCAUUGAAGAAGGCACAAUGCCUGCUGAGCUGGCUGAAGUAAUCAAGAAGCUGUGGAAAGACAGUGGUGUCCAGGCCGGCUUUGAAAGAGCUGCUGAGUACCAACUGAACGACUCUGCUGGCUACUACCUCAAUGAAAUGGAAAGAAUCUGCAAGCCAGACUACCUCCCCACCGAGCAGGAUGUGCUGCGAUCUCGAGUCAAAACAACUGGUAUCAUUGAAGAACAGUUCUCCUGCAAAGAGUUGCACUUCAGGAUGUUUGAUGUGGGUGGCCAGAGGUCAGAGAGAAAGAAGUGGAUCCAUUGUUUCGAGGGUGUGACCUGCAUCAUCUUUUGCGGAGCUCUCAGCGCAUACGACAUGGUGCUGGUAGAGGACGACGAAGUGAACCGCAUGCACGAGUCGCUCCAUCUAUUCAACAGUAUCUGCAACCACAGAUUCUUUGCGCUGACCUCCAUCGUGCUUUUCCUCAACAAGAAGGAUCUCUUUGAAGAGAAGAUCAAGAAAGUCCAUCUGAGUAUCUGCUUCCCAGACUAUGACGGCCCCAACACAUACGAUGAUGCCAGCAACUACAUCAAGACGCAGUUCUUGGACCUGAACAUGAAGAAGGGCGUGAAAGAAAUCUACUCCCACUUGACCUGUGCCACAGACACGAAGAACGUCGAGAUCGUGUUCAACGCUGUGACAGACAUCAUCAUCAAAGAAAACCUUAAAGAUUGCGGUCUUUUCUAAGCAGCUCCAGAGUGAAAAGAGAACUUCCUUUCCUACCUUAACCCCUCACACAUUGGCAUUAACUGAGAAGUGUACUGAAGGAGCUCAGAGGAUCCUCAGUUUGUCGUGUUCAUGCCAUCGAGUCCAUGCCAAGUCCUGGUCCUUGACUGCUCCUAGCACAUCACCGUCUCCAACAGUUCAUCUCUGCAACACAGUGCAUGUCCGGCUGGGUUGAAACAACUAUCAAGUCACCGUAUUGUUGUUGUGGACAAACAGCUUUCUACAAGAUUCUUCAGUUUUUCUCAAGUACAGUAUUUGUCUCACGCCAGAAGCUGCUGGUUUGAAGGUAUGAAGAUGAAAUAGUUGCUCAUUCGAUCCUCGUCGCUUCCUUUUGACUACUGUGUUGUGAGUAAUAUCUACUAUUAAAACGAAGCUCUGUAAAAUAAUAAGCCGAUAAAACCCGGGGGAAAAUAUUAAUAUUUUGAAUAGCAACAUUGCAACCUUGUUCUUGUUUUUGAGUACAGUAGUCUCUGUGGUCUUGAUAUUUAAACUGUAAAAAGUUGCUGAGAAAAUAUCUCAGAUAUUCCCAGUGCUUGCAGUGUAUCCAGAUUACAAACCAAAUUGUACAUGUAUCUAAUCUAAAUAGUGUUAAUGUAUUCAAUUCACUUUACAUUUAAAUGUGAUGAAUAAAUUUCAGAAGGUCAAACAUGGUAGAGGAACUUUGUACAUAAGAGUAGAUAAUUCAAUUUAUUUUGAAAGAUAAAUCUAUAUGGAAAUAUACGAGAGAGAGGGAAACAUUAGAGGGAUGAUGAUUUAUUAUGAAAAGGGAAUGAAAAUCUACUGAGUAUGUCCUUUCUUAUGAAAUGUAGAGGCAUGAAAUAAA